AAUAAAACGGUUGAUAUCAUCAUGUCCGUAUCGGCCUGACACCGAUACCGCCCUGCUCGACUGUCCGUAUCAAGGCGUGCACGUAGUGAACGUCACGGGAACAACAACGGCCGGUCCUUGCCAACAUGUCGUUGCCGUCCAAACUCCCGCAUGGCCCUGGUCCUGGUCCCGGUUCUGACCCUGAUCCUGUUCCGAGCCCACAAGUGUCGUCGCGCUCGGCUCCAUCACUGUGGCGGCUGCUCAGCACCACGGCUGCCAUGGCAACCAAACCCAAACACGCCAGGAGGGAGCGCAAAAUGGUCUACAUACCACCCGCGCCCAAACGCGUCUUCAUUAACGACUUGGACUCGUACGCUUCUAGAAACAUCGCCCAGAGUCUUUCCAAACACACGCUGGAAGUUGAUGCAACCACGGAGAAAGAUGGGGAGAAAGUGAAAGUGAAACAGACGGUACCAAGUUACCCCAUGGUGGGGACCAUGUCGGAGGGUGCGGAGGAGGACCUGCCCUAUGUGCUGGAAGUCUACAAGGAACUGAGUGGGGAGGAGAUUGUUGCCAAGGUGAUGCAGUGUGACAUCAUCAUCUACGACAUCACCCACAAUCCUCAGCAGAUCCACCAGGCCAGCUGGCUGCUGUCAGCCCUACAUGACAAAAUAUCACUUUUUACUGGACCAAAGAUGUUCAUCCUCAUCUCCACCGUCAUGACUUGGACCUGCAGUGAGACAAUCACCUCUGAUGACCAGCAGCUCCCUUUCACCGACGAUGACUUUAGAAGAAGAAUAGCACACCCAAACUUCCAGGAACAUCUUCAACUGGAAAAAAAAGUGGCCAAACUGGGCAGAAGUGACAGAAGAUUGUUUGCUACGUAUGUUGUGGCCUCAGGACUUCAGUAUGGAAUGGGAGAGAAUGUCUUCCAUCUCUUCUUCAAGACGUCAUGGCUGGGACAAGGAAACACAAUACCAGUCUUUGGAGACGGCACCAACAUUGUUCCCACUAUUCACAUCAAUGACCUUGCAAGUGUGAUUCAAAAAAUAAUUGAGCUUCGGCCCAAGCCUUACUACCUGCUGGCUGUGGACUGUUCCAACAACACCAUGGAGGACAUUGUUAAGGCCAUUGCCGUAGCACUUGGACCCGGGACGAUCCAGAAGAAGCCAUUUGAAGAGGCCUUCCUAGAGCAGGACUUGAAUCUCAUGGAAAUUGAUUUAAUGCGCAUCAACCUUCUCAUGGAGGCCACACAUCUCAAGGAACUGGUCUCCAUCCGCUGGUUAUGUGAGUCUGGUCUUGUGGAGAAUAUAGAGCUGGUAGUGGAAGAGUACCGACAGAUCAGGGGACUGGUGCCCAUUCGGAUCUGCGUCCUGGGUCCUCCGGCAGUGGGGAAGAGCAGUGUGUGUCAACAGAUCUGUGGUCACUACAAGCUCCAUCACAUCCGGCUGAGUGAGACCGUGGCAGAGACCAUCUCACACCUGGAGUAUACGGUGAGGAACAUGAAUUCAGAUGCAGAGAACGAGGAGUCCACAGCAGCCACAGAAACUCAGGAACUCCUGAAUAGUUUGAAGGACAAUAUGGAGCAGAAUGGAGGUACGUUGGAUGACCACCUGUUGGUGAAGGUGAUGGUAGACAAGAUGAUGUCCAACCCCUGUAAGAACCAGGGUUAUGUUCUGGAUGGAUUUCCAAAGACAUAUGAACAAGCAAAAGAGCUCCUCCAUGUUGAGGAACCGGAGUCCGAGGACAGACCUUCAAUGGUUUCCUUGUACAAGAAGAUAAUGCCAGAGUUUGUUGUGUUCCUGGACGCCCCGGAUGACUUCCUGAAGGACUUGGUGAUCAAACUCCCUGAGAAGUUGGUGCAGGAGCACAAGUACGAGCAGGAGAACUUUCUGAAGAACUUGACUAAGUACAGAGAGACCAACAUGGAGGAAGAAACUCUCCUGAAAUACUUUGAAGAGAUGGACAUCACCUGCAUCCUCAUUGAUGUGAGCAGUGUGGAAACAGCGAUGGAUCAGAUCUGUGACGGAGUGGGCCAGCCCAGGAACUAUGACAGCAUGGAGGUGCAGGAGGAGGGCGCCAUGCAUGCAGACAGCCAGGAUGAAGAUGAAGAUGAAGAAGAAGAAGAAGACCUUGGGAGGAAGGAGGUGGAGGAUGCAAGGAAGAGGUCUGAACGUUGGGAGAAGUGGUCCAAGGCCUUUGAGGAGAAGAGCCAGUGGGAAGUGCAGCAGUUGGAAGUCCUGACUGUCCCGAUGAAGAAGUACUUGAUCGACACCAACAUCAUGGCCACUAUUUCUCAGGGCUUGAUAGCCUGCGGCGCAGCGUGGCCAGACGACCCGGUAGACUUCCUGGCUGAAUAUUUGAUGAAGAACAACCCCUGACACCUUUUGGCUUCAUAGGGAAGGUGUGGCCAAAUAUUGCUGACUAAUGAUGUUUGCCACCUUACACCAGGUGUACGUGUUACACCAGGUGUAUGUGGCUGGACCUCACUCCCUGACCACUUCAGCUGGCUGCUCAUGCGGACUAGCAGGGUUAGUGUGGGGAAUGGGAUAAGGGUUAGGGGGCUGAGUCAUCAUUUUAACCCUGGAAGACUUCAUUCCCUUUUUUUGACAAUAGAAAUGAUGUCAAGAAAACUAAUAUUCCAAGUGAUGGCCUUAGAAGGAGUAAUAAAAAAUGAUCUUCUAAAGUUGUUCCUACCAAAA